AUGCAUCAUCCUAUCUCGACACGUGCUAAAAGUUCAACAGAAAUAUCAAAUGACGCGACGCAAGUAUUCUACUACUCAUUCGAUCAGCCAAAUCCCUAUUACGAUAAUGGUCCAAAUCUUUUAAAUGCAACAACUACGAACAUUUUAUCAUCUGCAACUGGACAUGUGGGGCAAGCCCUUCGCUUCACAAGCACUUCAAGUUAUAUACAAAUAUGCUGUUUUACUGGGGUUGGUUGGCCCUCUAGUAGGUCGCUUACAUUUGCCAUGUGGGUCUCCCCCUCAUCUAUCAAUGGCGGUAAUUUCAUAUAUAGUACUCAAGGAUACCCGAUGCUUGGCUUAACUUACAGCGGUCAAGUCUCUGCCCAAUUUCUACAAGGAUCUCCUGCAUACGUUUGGCAACCUGUAUAUGGUACUUUUGUAGUAGUGAAUACUUGGGUGCAUGUGGCCUGCACAUAUAGCGUAGCAAAUGGUUUUAUUUUAUAUGUUAAUGGUGUAGCAUAUGUUCCAGUAACGGGCGCUACCGCGUACUAUUUUACCUACCAAGUCCAAGCAAUUCAGAUGGGAACUAGUAAUGGUAAUGGUUAUAUACCAUCGUAUGGUUUUCAAGGAUCAGUUGAUGAAUUUUAUGCUUAUAGACGCGAACUGAGUGGCACAGAAAUAUUAGCAUUAGCUAGUGUAUAA